AUGGCUAUAAUCAAACAAGACACCACGAAUAUCCUCGCCGCUGCCGAGAAAUUUAUUCACUCCUAUGCAGUCGACCUCAGUUCACCCUCUUUCAAAACAUCAUCUGAACGUGCCGCAAAAAUGGCUACCUACUACCUUCCGACCGUCGUCUCCCUUGUCAACGGAAGCAUCACCGAAAUUUCCGGACCAGCAGAAUUCGGAGCCAUUAUCCGUACAGCUCUGGACGCAUUGGGGGACCUUCCUGAAGUUACAGGACACAAAGUUGACGCUGUCAGCGUGAACAGUGCAAUCAUCUGGCUUUCGUUGCGGAUUAAGGGGGUGGAGAUGUCGAAUGUCUAUUUCUUUAGAAAGAUGGAGGACGGUGCUGAGGGUUUUGAGGGCGGUAUUUUUGAUGGUGAAUCGUGGUUGUUGGGUCAACUUGGAAAGCUGUAG